AUACUCCAACAAAUACACACGCCUAUACAUACAACACAACCCUCACCCCUUAUUCCAAAGCUGUUGGAGCUUGUUUACCCCACCCCCACCUAUACUUACACCUAUACAUACACAGAUGUCUAAACCCUAAACACACACUAAUUGCUUUAGAUGCCGACUUUCACAUCGAUUGCGUUGGAGAGCUUGAUUGAGCCCAGGUUCCGCGAUUCGUAUCGAGAUUCCGCGAAAAAGUCGGAGAAAUUACCGGCGAAAAAAUCGGAGAAGGGGGAUGGGAAGGAGGUUGGAGAGGUGGAGGUGAGGAAGCCGAGUAGGCACCGCGUGAAUAUCUCUCCGGCGUUGUAUAUAACGCCGGAACCGACGCCGAUUGUGUACUCGUCGUCGGAUUCGUUGUCGCCGUCUCCCUAUGUGGCGAAUCGGAAGGGGAGAGGGGGGUUGAGGCGUCGGAGUGAGGUGAGGAAGGAAGAGGUGGAGGCUAGAGGCGGUGAUAUGGGCCAUAUGGCUGUGGAGGAUGGGGUGGAGAGUGUGAAGGGAGAGGAGAGGGAGGUUGUGGAGGAGAGUGAGGAUUUUGUGGAUACGAGGUGCGAUUCGUUGAGUGUAGGGAGUUCGAGUGAUGUGAGGGAGCUGGGGAGUGUGUCUGGGUGGAAUCCGAUUGAGUUUUAUGAUGCUGAUGAUGAUUUCUCUCAUGAUGGGUCUGUGUCGAGUACACUACAUUCUUGCCACAGUUUCGAGUCAGAAAUGCGUGCCACAAGACUUAGUCUUCUUGAUGAGAUUGGAAGAAGAAAGAUUGCCGAGGAUGCUCUUGGCCUGGUGUACAACCAAUGGCAGGGGGUCGCUGAUGUUCUUCUGGCUCGGGCAGGAAUAAGAUAUCCAGCACCUUCUGUUGACAUGCAAUUUGAGAUUGGUCCAAUAGAGCAGUUUUGUCAGGAAAUUGUUGUAAAUAGAUUUGUUUCUGAAGCAAUUGGUCAGGCUUUAGCGCGUGCUGAAGCUGAGAUUGCUGCAGAGGAUAUCUUAAAAGCUAAAGAUCAGGAGAUUUCUCGUUUAAAAGAUCGAUUGCAAUAUUAUGAGGCUGUUAAUCAUGAGAUGUCCCAGAGGAACCAGGAAGUUAUUGAGGUAGCACGAAAGCAGCGCAAAAAGAGAAAAACCCUGCAGAAGUGGCUAUGGGGUGGCCUAGGUCUCUCUAUUGCAAUUGGAGCUUCAGUGGUUGCUUAUUCUUGCCAUCAACAUACAAGCGAAAUUGAGCCGUUGCUGAGUUCAAGCGAUUCUUCAAGUGCUACCGGCAUAAGUUCAUCAGAAUCAGCUUGAAGAUUAGGUGCACCGGUAUUAUCACAAAAAUUUUGCUACUUUGGCCUCUUGUUUCGAGAAGCAAUAACUCUAGAGCAAGCAAUAAUUUGCCGAUCUCACUCUUUUUGCAUGCAUGAGUUUAAUUCGAUAUUUUCCUGUACUAGGCAAUUGGCAUGCUUAACUGUAGCAUGGUCUGUAACUAGAGAAUGUUACUGUGGUGCAAUAAUCUUAGAUGAACAGUAAUAGUGCAUGAGCCUUGCAAUGUAUUUUGAACUCGUAAGAUUGACAAUGAGGUUCAAGCAGCUGCUGCCUGCUAGCUAAUUUUUUUUUUUUUUUGGCGGUGUU